UAAGUUUCACUUAAGUUGUGAGGGUGAGAAAGUGAGUGAGAAAGACAAUGAAGAUUUCAGUAGUUUUUUUGUUUGUUGUAUCAGUUGUAGUUUUCACCUUUUGUGCUUCCGUCAAUGGCUCAAACAAAGAACAAUCACAAAAAAUUUUGCCAAGGAAAUUGAUCGAGGUGAAAGAGGGUGCUAAGAAUUAUUGGAUGGAUGCUAAAUGGUCCAAAGAUAAUUGCAAAGACAAAGACAAAGAAAAUGAUUGUAAAGAUAAUUGCAAAGACAAAGAAAAUGAUUGUUGCGAUUGCUGUUGCGAAAAUAACGAUAAAAACAAAAACAACUGCAAAGACAAAGACGACUGUUGCUGUAAUUACUGCUGCAACAAAGACAACUGCCUAAAAAAUUGUUGCUGCCGUAGCUGCAAUGGAUCUUGCAAAGGUGACAACGAUAAAGAUGACUGCAAAAAGAAAGACAAUGACGACCAGGACUGCAAGAAAAAGGACAAUGACAAGGAAGACGACUGCAAAAAGAAUGAAGAUGAGGAGGAUGACAACGAAAAUGAUGACAGCAAAAAGAAUGACAAUGAGAAAGACUGCAAAAAGAACGAUGCCGAUGACUGCAAAAAGAAUGACGAUGAGGGCAGCAAAAAGAAGAACGACGGCGAUGACUGCAAAAAGAAGGACGAUGAACACUGCAAAAAGAAGGACGACGAAAACUGCAAAAAGAACGACGGGGAUGACCGCAAAAAGAAUGAUGAUGAGGGCUGCAAGAAGAAGGAAGAUGAAAACUGCAAAAAGAAGGACGAUGACUGCAAAAAGAAUGAUGGCGAUGAUUGCAAAAAGAAUGACGAUGAGGGCUGCAAAAAGAACGACGAAAACUGUAAAAAGAACGACGGUGAUGACCGCAAAAAGAAUGACGAUGAGGGAUGCAAAAAGAAGGACGAUGAAAACUGCAAAAAGAACGACGAAAACUGUAAAAAUAACGACGGUGAUGACCGCAAAAAGAAUGACGAUGAGGGCUGCAAAAAGAAGGACGAUGAAAACUGCAAAAAGAACGACGAAAACUGUAAAAAGAACGACGGUGAUGACCGCAAAAAGAAUGACGAUGAGGGCUGCAAAAAGAAGGACGAUGAAAACUGCAAAAAGAACGACGAAAACUGUAAAAAGAACGACGGUGAUGACCGCAAAAAGAAUGACGAUGAGGGCUGCAAAAAGAACGACGAUGAAAACUGCAAAAAGAACGACGAAAACUGUAAAAAGAACGACGGUGAUGACCGCAAAAAGAAUGAUGAUGAGGGCUGCAAAAAGAAGGACGAUGAAAACUGCAAAAAGAAAGACGAUGAAAACUGCAAAAAGAAUGACGACCACAAAAAGAAUGACGGCGAUGACUGCAAAAAGAAAGAUAAUGAUGGCUGCAAAAAGAAUGAUGACAAUGGCGGCAAAAAGAACGACGAUGAUUGCAAAAAGAACGACGGCUGCAAAAAAAACGACAAAGAUGACUGCAAAAAGAAAGACAACGACGACUGCAAGAGAAAAGACAAUGACAAAGAUAAGAGAAACUGUAAAUGCGAUUGUACAUGUUGUUGUGUGACUGAAAAAAGCUGCUGCUGCUGCUGUAACAACAACAACAAUAAAGAUAAGAACGACUGUAAAAAGAAUUGCUGCAGCAAUAACAAGUGUAGGUGCAAGAAAGACAACUGCAAUGGCGACUGUGGAGAUGACAACAAUAAGUGCAAAAGUGAUUGUGGUGAUGAUAAGAGCUGCAAGUGUUGCAAUUGCAAAUGCGAUUGUGAUGAUAAUAACGGAAAAGAUUGCAAAGACAAUUGCGGAGGUAAUAACAACAACCACGGCGCAAGUGAUAUCAGUGAUGAUAAAUCUUCAGAUGCAAAAAAUUAAACCGGUGUUGCUCAGGAUAAUAAGGAUAUCACCGGAAAUAAGUCUUAAGAAGUUCGAAAUUCUGAUCGACACUGAAACGACUGAAUGGAAGUAUUGAACUAUGGUCAGAAACUAUCUGGUAACUGAGAAAACAUGUCCUAUAUGGCUUUCCACACAGAAUCUAUCGGAACCAAUUAAUCUGCUUAUGUAUGACGUGUGACCGGAACCAAUUAAUGUUUGGAGAAGUGAUGAUGCCGUGUGACUGCUGGUAUUCAUUCUGCAGGUGAAGGCCCUGGAGCCUUUGGUUUCUCCUUUUCGUCUGUCAAAAAGAGUAUCACAACACAGCUGCUCUUCUUAUCUUUGUCUCUUUGGAGCUUCGUUUUACUUUUCUUUGUAUGUUUUUCCUUUUCUUUUUCUUAAUAUCUUAACCUUUGUCCUCAAAAAAACAGCUGCUCUUCUUUUAAGCACAUAGCCUCCAUAUGAAC